CCACCCGACAUGCCCGAGGAGGCGGGCUUCCCCGCAGCCAAGAGAUUCCGCCCGGGCUCCGGGCCUCCGAACCGCUCCGGGUCCUGCCCUCCUGGGAGGCGGGUGGUGAUGCUGUUGACUGCGGGCGGCGGCAGCGGUGGAGGAGGCCGGAGGCAGCAGCCGCCCCUGGCCCAGCCUUCUGUCAGUCCCUACCGCGAGGCUGUGGAGCUUCAGCGCCGGAGUUUGCCCAUCUUCCAGGCUCGGGGGCAAUUGUUGGCCCAGCUCCGGAACCUGGACAGCGCGGUCCUCAUCGGGGAAACCGGCUCAGGGAAAACAACUCAGCUCCCUCAGUACCUGUAUGAAGGAGGGAUCAACCGCCAGGGAGUCAUUGCUGUGACCCAGCCUCGUCGAGUGGCUGCCAUCUCUCUCGCUACCAGAGUCUCAGAUGAGAAGAGAACUGAACUUGGGAAGCUGGUUGGUUAUACAGUGCGCUUUGAUGAUGUCACCUCUGAAGACACCAGGAUCAAGUUCCUGACUGACGGCAUGCUUCUGCGGGAAGCAAUCUCAGAUUCCCUCCUCCGGAAGUACAGCUGCGUCAUUCUGGACGAAGCCCACGAGCGGACUAUCCAUACAGAUGUGCUCUUUGGGGUGGUGAAAACUGCCCAGAGGCGGCGGAAGGAAUUGGGGAAACUGCCACUCAAAGUAAUUGUGAUGUCAGCCACGAUGGAUGUGGAUCUCUUCUCUCAGUAUUUCAACGGCGCCCCCGUCCUCUACCUAGAAGGGCGGCAGCACCCUAUCCAGGUUUUCUACACCAAGCAGCCUCAGAAUGACUACCUGCAUGCAGCGUUGGUCUCGGUCUUCCAGAUCCACCAGGAAGCCCCUUCAUCUCAGGACAUCCUGGUGUUCCUCACUGGCCAGGAGGAGAUUGAAGCCAUGAGUAAGACUUGUCGAGACAUUGCAAAGCACCUCCCAGAUGGCUGCCCCUCAAUGCUGGUUCUGCCCCUGUAUGCCUCCCUGCCCUAUGCUCAACAGCUCCGCGUUUUCCAGGGGGCUCCCAAGGGCUGUCGCAAAGUAAUCAUUUCAACCAACAUCGCAGAAACCUCCAUAACCAUUCCAGGAGUGAAACAUGUAGUGGACACAGGCAUGGUGAAAGCAAAGAAGUAUAACCCUGACAGCGGUCUUGAGGUGUUAGCUGUGCAGCGGGUGUCAAAGACCCAGGCCUGGCAGCGCACAGGAAGGGCUGGCAGAGAGGAUAGUGGCAUCUGCUACCGACUGUACACGGAGGAGGAGUUUGAGAAGUUUGAGAAGAUGACGGUGCCAGAAAUCCAGAGGUGCAACCUGGCGAGCGUGAUGCUACAGCUCCUAGCAAUGAAAGUUCCAAAUAUACUCACUUUUGACUUCAUGUCCAAACCGUCUCCAGAUCACAUUCAGGCGGCCAUUGCCCAACUGGACCUGUUAGGUGCUCUUGACCAUAAGGAUGACCAGCUUAACCUGACUCCAAUUGGAAGGAAGAUGGCAGCAUUUCCUUUAGAACCCAAAUUUGCCAAAACCAUCCUACUGUCCUCCAAAUUCCACUGCACCGAGGAGAUACUGACUAUUGUCUCGCUGCUGUCUGUGGACAGCGUUCUUUACAACCCUCCUGCUCGGCGGGAUGAGGUGCAGAGUGUCCGGAAGAAGUUCAUAUCCAGUGAGGGGGACCACGUUACUUUGCUGAAUAUCUACCGGACCUUCAAAAACAUCGGUGGCAAUAAAGAUUGGUGCAGAGAGAAUUUUGUCAACAGCAAGAAUAUGAUGCUAGUAGCUGAAGUCAGAGCCCAGCUGAGGGAUAUUUGUUUGAAGAUGUCAAUGCCAGUCAUGUCAUCGCGAGGAGACAUGGAGAGCGUCCGUCGCUGCCUGGCACACAGCCUCUUCAUGAACACCGCAGAACUUCAGCCAGAUGGCACCUAUGCCACCACAGACACCCACCAGCCGGUGGCCAUCCACCCUUCGUCUGUCCUCUUCCACUGCAAGCCGGCCUGCGUCGUGUACACCGAGUUGCUCUACACCAACAAGUGCUACAUGCGUGAUCUGUGUGUUGUAGAUGCCGAGUGGCUAUACGAGGCUGCCCCUGAGUACUUCCGCAGGAAGCUGAGAACCGCCAGGAACUGA